GCGCGCCUCCGCACCGCCCCAAUGCGCCGCGUCACCGCCUCUCUGAGCGGAGCGCGGCCACGUGGACGGCGGCGCGGUUGCAGGUGGGCUUUGGUCGCUCCGCACCGCACCGCACCAUGAGCGUGGGAUUCAUCGGGGCCGGGCAGCUCGCCUUCGCCCUGGCCCGGGGCUUCACGGCGGCAGGGAUCCUGGCAGCGCACAAGAUCACGGCGAGCUCCCCGGACACCGAGCUGCCCACCGUCAGCGGGCUGCGGAAAAUGGGUGUGAACUUCACUGUGAGCAACAAGGACACGGUGAAGAGCAGCGACGUCCUCUUUCUGGCCGUGAAGCCCCCCAUCAUCCCCUUCAUCCUGGACGAGGUGGGGCCCGACAUCGAGGAGCGUCACAUCGUGGUCUCCUGCGCUGCCGGCGUCACCAUCAGCUCCAUCGAGAAGAAACUCUCUGCCUUCUGCCCUGCACCAAAAGUGAUCAGGUGCAUGACCAACACCCCUGUGAUUGUCCGAGAAGGUGCCACAGUCUAUGCUACUGGGACUCAUGCAGAUGUGGAGGAUGGGAAGCUGUUGGAACAACUUAUGGCCAGCGUAGGCUUCUGCACCGAGGUGGAAGAGGACCUGAUAGAUGCUGUAACAGGGCUCAGUGGCAGUGGCCCUGCGUAUGCAUUCACUGCUCUGGAUGCUCUGGCGGAUGGAGGUGUGAAAAUGGGGCUUCCCCGUAGGCUGGCUGUUCGGCUCGGAGCCCAGGCUUUGCUGGGUGCUGCCAAAAUGCUGUUGGAAUCAGAGCAGCACCCAGGUCAGCUGAAGGACAACGUCUGCUCCCCUGGGGGAGCCACCAUUCAUGCCCUGCACUUCCUGGAGAGCGGAGGCUUUCGCUCACUGCUCAUCAAUGCUGUGGAGGCUUCUUGUAUCCGGACAAGGCAGCUGCAGCAUUUGGCAGACAAGGAGAAGAUCUCCCCAGCAGCCAUAAAGAAGACUUUGUUGGAUAAGGUGAAGCUGGAGUCUCCUUCUCUGUCUGUGGCAUCUGCCAGCAAAGUCAGUCUGUUCAACAGUAAGAACCCCAGCAGCAAGAAGGACUGAGCAGACUGCUGUACUGCUGUACUCUGGCUGUGCUGACCAUCAGUUUCCUCCAUUCCCUUUUUUUUUUUUUUUUUUUGACCAAGGAAAACGUUCACACUGAACGUUGAUGUUCUCCAUACCUGACUCUUUGUUUGCAGCAGCUGUGGGGCAGCACAGAGCUGCUCACUGUGGGCAUGGGUAACACAACCCUCAGAGCUUUGUCAUGGGCACCAUUUGCAGGAAGCCUUGGAUGCUUCCAGAAGUAAGGUAGCAUUUAUUGUGUCCCGUGUAGAAACGGUUUAUGGCAGGGUUUUUGAAAACUUUCCAAAUGCUUUUUAGUCUCAAAGGUUUGGGUCAGGUCUGGAUCCCUCUUUCCCCAUCUUGCAUCUGCUUUCAGGGCUCAUCUCUUGUUGUUUUUCUUAGCUAGAGCAGGUGCUAUCACACAAAUGCAGUGCUGUGCACUGAGGCUGGGUUCUAAUAUGCUUCUCACCAGGGACCAAAGUGCCUCUGCUUCAUUUCCCAUCCACUUUGACUUUAAAAGAGGGUUAAUGUGAGCCCCUCAGCCACGCUCCGUUUCAUUCAGGUGCAGCCUUGGCAAUCAUCCCCAGAACAGCAGCUUUCUGUGGCUUCUUUACAGAGUUCCAUCUUCUUCCAGAGUCCCAAACCAAGAAGCAGCACCCAGUGUUCACACUGCCCCAGUAACUGCUACUGGGCUGCAGCGGGAGCUACGGGGGAUGGAAGGGGUUUGGGUGGAUCUGUGUCACCCUGAUCUGCCUUGAGGUACACUGUGGGAGCACUGGUAGAAAGAAGGCACUUAAGAGGAGCUCACUGCAUCCUUAGGAACCCGGGGCAUCUGUGUGUGUGUGGUGCAAGAAAAGCAUUUGGAGAUCAACGCAGAGGCUGCCAAAGGCGCUAGCACUGCCUGCGCGGUUUUACGUUAGGCAAUAGCAGGGCAAGGCCCUGUAGGUGUGACAUGGCUGCUGCUCUUCCUGCUCCUUGAAUAAACCGUUCCUCUGA